UAACUCCUCAAUAAAAGACUACACGCACACUCUAGGUAGUACAUUGCAAUCAUUUGUUUACCUACAACGCUUUUUGUUGUCAUUGGUCAAACGAGGCAGUAAUGCUGUAUUUCCUCACGCGUGUGCACGAGAUCAGCUGAGUAGAUGCUCCUCCCUUGUUAGAGUUCAAGAAGACGGAACCCAGCGCAGCAGACAUGGCUAUGCUCACAACACAGCCCCAAACUGAUGUGAUCGAUGCGGAAUACGAGGACUACCUCUGCCCCGUGUGUCUGGAGAUAUUCAUCUCUCCGAUGACCACAGAUUGCGGACACACGUUCUGUGAGAGCUGUCUUAAGGAGUGCUUGCGUCCCCAGAAACCUGUGUGUGCAGUCUGCAGGUCUGACCUACACAAGUGGAAAAAAGCAGAGGAUAUACAAAAUGAGAUGAAAAGAUCAAUCGGAAAGUGCAAAGGCUGUAGAAAUGAGGUUCUUUUGUCUGACAUGAGAAGCCACACAGGGGCUUGCUCUAAAUAUCAAGACUUUAUCAAGGAAGGUAUGAAGGCCAUUUCAAAGAACCAGCCUUCCACUGUCAGCUCGGUGCCGAACCGGUACACGUUCGCCUGUCCCUUCUGCAGCAGACAGCACUUUGACCAGGACGGUCUGGUGGAGCACUGCACCUCGAGACACGCACACGACCCGCGUCCCGUGGUGUGUCCGAUCUGUGCCUCAAUGCCCUGGGGCGACCCUAAUUACAGGAGCGCUGACUUCUUCCAGCACAUCCGAAUGAGACAUGCUUUCUCCUAUGACACCUUUGUGGACUACUCUACAGACGAGCAAGCCAUGAUCCAGGAAGCUCUACAGCGCUCUCUCUUGGAAAACUGAUGAGAGGAACAUACGGAUCCCCAGCUGAACACCACCAAAAAUCAGUGCUUGAGCUUACGAAAGAAAGAAAUAGAUUGGGAUUCAGGGCUAUUGUCAUAUAUCAUUCUGCAUACACUAAUGUUGGUCAUGCCAAAGUUCCUGUUGGUGUAAUUGUGGUGAUUUACUUAUUUAAACGCAGUCAUAUAUUCAUAAAUAAAAUAUUUCCAUACACCUUCUUAGCUGUCAAAAUACAUAAAUCUAUACUGCCAGUCUAUAAUUAAUUCAAAUGCUAUAACUGAUUUUGGUUUUUAUAGUGCAGUUUGCGUCGCAGAUUUGUGCCACUGGAACAGAGUAGUCUGAUAUAGAUACAGGUGAGUCUUGUCAGAAGCUUUUAGGAUAGAACAUACUGAAAUCGAAUCAUUAAGGUGAGAUUCGUGAGUGUCAGCUAAGUCAGAGGAAUAAGCUUUUCUCGUGGUGUGUUUUGUGUUAUUCUAUGCUUUUAAGAAGCGGUUCAACCGAGCCCUUGUUGGAGGGGUGUUUCACUCUGCAGUUAGUGUACUGAAUGAGUUCUUGUUCAAACCAGUAGAGGACAGUAUUGUAUCAUUAGUUUCUAGUCUCUGACUUCUCUAUAGUGCAGCUGAUGGCUUGAUCUGACUGUGUACUGAGAGACUCAGCUCUUAAAGGGACAGUCCACCCCAAGAUGACAACCCUGCCAUCAUUUACUCUCACUCUGCUGUUCCAAAGCCUGUAUGCAUUUCUAUUCUGUGUGGAACUCAACAGAAGAUAUUAUAUACAGAAAAUAUGAGCCGAGUAGUUUUGGACCACACUGACGUUCAUUAUACAGAUAAAAACAGAUCUUGUUCUGUGUUUCAGAGGUUCAGAAUGACAUGAGGGUGAGUAGAAGAUGAGAGAGUUUGCAUUUCGGGUGAACUGUUCCUUUAGGCUCCUGAUACACUUGUGUCACCCAGUAGAGGAAGUUAGUCGAACUGGACAUCGCAGUUUAAUAAUAUGUUAAAGUUAGUCCGUUUAAUUGGCAGUAGUUUGAAAUCUGUUGGACCAAAUUGUAGUUUUGCGUUCUGUAAAGUCAAACUCGUGUUGCAUGCUGUUCGAUGUGGACUUUACCACUGUGAAGAUGAAUCAUAUCCUGUGCCUGUUUCAUUCACGUGUUAUUAUUAGUGUUUAAUGGUAAUGAUUCAUUGACCUGGAUGUUUUUUUGGGUGAAUUGGUUUUUGUAUUAAUAAACCUUUUCUCAAAAGCC